AUGUCGGACACGCAACUAGCAGAUACGUCAACGCCCCUGGGCCAGUGGGUUGACGAGCUGUUUAAGAAUAUAUUCUUUCAACCUAACGAUGCACAUUCCAUGAUCGUAUUCGAUGCAUACAUUGCGCCGGACCUGGUUGUUCGUAUCAACCACAGCCUCUUCACCCGUGACUCUUGGCGCGAAGCCACCAAUACUGUGCGCGCCGGAAGCUUGCUGACUAUGGACUCAAAUGAUGAAGUCGCGGCAUGGCAGGCGCCGGGUCAGAGCGGCGCGGGAUGCGUGGCGCACAUGUCGCACUUCACUCAGCGAAGCAAGCAGGAUAGAGAGGCGACAAGCGCAAGAUCUCUGACGCUGGCCAAUGUGGCAAUCAGGGAGGGGAAGAGGUGCUUGGUUGAGUUGACGGAGAUCGCCACUUGA